AUGGCUGCCCACGGAUCUCAGAUGAUCCACAGUGGUGGAAUGAUGCCUGCAAUGAGCACCUUAUCAAUGAGGGAGAAGUCUCAGCUGAAACGCCGGAUUAAUCGUGAACAUAACUGUAAUUUCCGAGCUGGAUAUAUAGAAGUGAAUGAAGAAUAUCUACAUAAGACUGGAAUCAGGGGACGGAAGAGAUAUCUUCUUUACUGUGUAGUUUUCACUCUUAUUUUUCUGGCUUUAGUCAAUGCAUUGGCGACUGCUGGAUUGGUAUAUUUUCUUGGAAUCAGUCAUCUUGGAAUUAAUGACCUGGAAUUUCUGUUAAAAGAUGAUUUGCUACGAGUGUUUGCUGAUACCGAGAUUACCAAGAUUAAGAUGUUUGAUGCUGGGGUCGGAGGUCGAUUUGACAAAAACCUGAAGAUAGUUGGCAUGGAAGGCUCGGUUGUGAUCCAAGCACCAUGGGAUAAUGGAACCAGAGUUGUUUUGUUUGAUAAGAAGAUCACAAUAACAAGCGAUAAUUUUCAAGUGUCCAGUCUGAAAGAUGACCGUGUGUUCAUGUCUACUUCCAAGAAGUCAUCCUACCCUUUAAAGAAAAGUCGAAAUCUUCAUGCAGCUGGCGUCCAGGCUGACAUAGUUCGAAGCGGAACAGAAUAUCCUGAUUUAGACAUCGAGUCUUAUAACAGAAUUCUUAUAUCAGGAUCAGAGGGAGUAACAAUUAACAGCCAACAAGGUUUGGUUUCCAUGACAGCCAAUCAGAACAUCAAGCUGAAUUCUACUGCUGGCUCUGUGAACUUUGAACCCAUGAAACAUUUCUACAUGAGCAAGCAAUUACCAAUUUCAUCUUCCAAAUACGACCAAGUUCAGCUCAAUUCUACCAUCAGCCAAUCAAAUAGCUCAACAGAUAACAGUUCCAGUCAAUCAGAUGCGUCCAUACAGUUCAGCCAAUCAGAACAAGCAUAUAAACUAUGUUUUUGUAUGUCAACUGGAAAGUUAUUUGCAGUGAAAGUAACAGACUCUUUGAUUGGUUGUAAAAAUUUCCAAUCAGAUUUCAAUCCAUGUAGUUGAAUAUUUGAAAGUAACAGAGUUUUAGAUUGGAUGUAAAUAUAUCCAAUCAGAUUUCAAUCCUUGUAUUGAAUAUUUGUUGUGUUAUGUAUAUUGUUAUUUACAAAUUGUGGUUAAAAAAAAUGAUUGAAUUGAGGAGUUCUCAAUGCUUUGUGUUGUGGUUGAAUAUUUUUAUAAAAUAUUGUUUUUUUUGUAGUAUUAAUUUUAUAUUUUUGUAAAAUGAUUUGUUGUUGUGUUAUUAAUUUUUUUGUUUUGUGAAAUUUUUGUUAUUGUAAGUGCACAGAAGAUGCUGGAAUUUGUCUCUAAUAGUAUACCCCCCUUGCAAAUGCUGCAAGACUAUUGUGAGCUAGUAUAUUUUUAAAUUCUUGUAAUAAAUGGAAUAUGAAAGC